AGGCUGGCGUGUUUUGGUCAUUCCACCAGAUGCAUCACUCUUCGGAAUAUUACAAUCUUAGUACAGCUUUGAGGCAAGGUGCAAUCCAGGAUUUUGCUACAAUGGGUUUUGACUUAUUACAAGCCACUAUCAUUCCACCGAACAUCUUCCUUGUUCACCGCUAUUUCAAUCUUAUCUACCAGUUUUGGCUGCAUGCAAAUGUGGGUUUAUUAACUAGCAUACUGAACUCAAAUUAUGAUAAUUCGAAGCAUCUGAAGAAGUGCGAUUGUCAAGAAUUUGAUGCUGUUCCAUAUUUGGGACCACUAGAGUACUUCUUCAAUACACCUUCCAGUCAUCGUGUCCAUCAUGGCAGAAAUCCUUACUGUAUUGAUAGGAAUUACGGUGGCACACUAAUUAUUUGGGAUAGAUUAUUUGGUACCUAUGAGCCGGAG